UUCUGCUGCACUGCUGCGACGCGGCCUGCAUCCCAGCAGUGACUGGUGUGUGCGAGCGCGUCUCGUCUCCUCAGGUGCUGCAGCUCUUCCUCUCUGCUCUUUCGUGUCAGUUUUCUCUGUGUCCUGAUCACAUGACCUCCUUCUCCAGGAAGCUCGCCGCUUCUGGAUUCAUCAGACUGACUCUGGAGAGUAAAGCUCAGCUGUGUUCAGGGAACAGGAACUCGUCUCUGAAUCAGAUCUGCUGUGAUUUCCUGCUGAAGCUCAGCAUGAGUCUGAUCUCACAGGAACACACCUGCACCAGUGAGCUGCAAGAUGUGGAGCGUGUCCUGCAGGAGUCUCUGCCGUCUCUGAGCUGCUGCGCGUCUGAUUGGCUGUCUGUGCUUUCUGAUUUCCCACAAUCCCUCAGAAACACUCAGCACUGCCUGAUCUACCUACUGCACCAGUCUGUGCUGCACGGGGACAGGUUUCUGAGCGACUCGGCCGUGUUCUCCGCUCUGCUGCGGUUCGUCUCGUGUGUUCAGGAUCUCCCUGCGUCUGUGCUGAGUUCAGUGCUCUAUCUGCUGUCCGUCACUCAACACGCCGGGCCUCGUCUGGACACGGUGUGUGUGAGCGUCCUCUCUCGUGCUCUGUCCUCCUGUCCGCUGCUCUUCUCUCGCUCUCUUCCUCUCUCCGUCCUGAGCUUCAUCUUCCUGUAUCCCGAGCUCUCGGAGCGCUUCGGAGCGCCGGCUCUGACGGGACGUCUGUCAGAGGAGACUCAGGAGCAGGAGCUGCUGGAGCUGAUCAACACACACCCUGCAGCGCUGCUGGCCACACUGGCCGUGGCGUGUGACGGCGAGUCUGCAGCGUCUCGUUCAGCCGUCGCUGUGCUGCAGUGUUUCCUGCGAUCGUCCGACAGCCUCAGCUUCAGCGGGACGUCUGAUCUCUGUGAUCAGAUCCGAUCGGUGCUGCUCGGCGUCCUGCAGAGACACACACACACAGACGGUCUGUCUGUGCUGCUGGACGUGUCGUCUGUGAUUCACUCGUCCGCUCAGAGAGAGCACACUGACUCCAGACUCCUGUACCACGUCAGUAAUCUAGCAGGAAAGCUGGACUCCAGUGACUCUGACUUGCUGCUGUCUAUUUUCAACUUCCUGUACUGCUUCCUGUCCGUGUGUCCCUCACACGCUACUGAUAGAGCGGUGUCUCUGCUGCUGGGAAACGUCCGGCUGAUGGAGCUGCUGGAGGAGGUUUUAUCUGCCUCCUCAUCCUCAUCUUCAUCACUCUUGUGCUCCUGUCUGCUCCUGCUCUCCUCUCUCACACUCCUGCAGCACAAACACUCUGCUCAGGUUCACAGGAGCGUCAGUGUGGAUCUGCAUCAGAUAAUCAGACGACUGGCCUUCAGCAAGAGACACACGGACACACUGCUCAUCAAGUGCAGUGUGCGCUUCAUGCAGGUGUGUUUGGAUGUGGACACGUCUGCUCUGCUGUGUGUGUGUGACGCAGCACUGCAGCGACCUCUGACCUCUACAGACGGUGCUCUUCAUCCCAUCGGACACAGCGGCGCUAUGAGCCUCAUGACCGCGCUGAGCGCACUCAUGCUAAUGACGCAGGAUCUGAUGGUCAGCGCCGCUCUGAACUGUCUGGGGUCUCUGAUGGGUUUUCUGCGCAGACGGAGUCCUGACACCGCGCAGCACAUGGUGUGUCAGCCGUGGAUGCGGUUCCUGCUCUUCUCUUUACUCUCCUGUGACCAGAGACUGAGACCUGCAGCGCUGCAGCUGCUCACACAGCUGGUGUGUUUCAGCGGCAGCGUCUCACACUGGACGACUGAACUAGAGUCUGUGUGUGAAGAGACUGAGAAACAAGGAGCGACGAACCUCACUGAUGACAGCACACACACACUGAGACGGAUGCUCACACAGUGUUGUGCUCUUUCUCCUCCUGAUGAUCUGAGGAUGAGGAUGGAGGCUAUACAAGAGUCACUCAGACAUCUUCCUCCCUCUGAGAGUUCGAGCAGACACAUGCUUCGGGUUGGAGGGGUCUCUGUCUGUCUGUCAGACUUCACAGUCAGCCCUCAGGACCUAUGAAACACACACACACACACACACACACACACACAGUUACACACUUCUGAUGACUUCUGUUCCUGGGGAUGUUUGCUACUGAAAUAAUUAUAUGUGCCUAUUUAUAUAUAUUAAUAAC